AUGGCUUGGAUGGACAUGCUGUUCGUGAAUAAAACUGAUGUGGAGAACGUGCUUCUCUGCUUCCCUCACCAGCCUGACUCUUGCGCCGGCAAGCAUCGCUUCCUGGUGCUCAGAGUGGCCAUGUACGUCUGCAUGCUGUUGGCGAUCCUCAUGACCGUCUUCGGGAACCUGCUUGUCAUCGUUUCCAUUUCCCACUUUAAACAGCUGCAUUCUCCAACUAACUUCAUCAUCCUCUCUUUAGCUUGGGUGGACAGUUUGUUGGGCUGUCUGGUCAUGCCCUUCAGUAUGGUGAGGUGGGUGGAAGGCUGCUGGCUCUUGGGUGAACUUUUUUGUCAAAUCCAUUCCAGUUUGGAUAUGACGUUAAGCAUUGCCUCAAUUCUGCACCUGUGUUUGGUAUCCAUUGAUCGAUUUGUGGCCAUUUGUGAACCUCUGAGUUAUAGAAUGAAGGUGACAAAUGCCAAUGUGGCUGUGUGCAUCGCAGUCAUUUGGCUGUUUUCAUGCGUGUUUAGCUUUGGGAUCGUGUUUUCAAAGGUGAAUGUUAUGGACCUGGAUGAACACAUGCUAAACCCCUGUGUGGGAAACUGUGCUUUGGUAUUUAAUAAGGAAUGGGGCGUUAUUGCACCGCUUCUUAACUUUUACAUUCCAGGAACUAUAAUGAGCUGCCUCUACCUUAAAAUCUUCUACGUUGCAAGAAGACAAGCAAAAGUAAUAUCUGUCGGAACAGCUGUGACAUCUGGCGAGAAAAGCCAAGUGUCGGAGCAGCGGGAGAGGAAGGCAGCUAAGACUCUGGGCAUUGUUAUGGGGGUUUUCCUGCUGUGCUGGCUGCCGUUUUUCCUCACCACUGUAAUCGAUCCGUUCCUUGGCUUCUCAACUCCUGUUGAGGUUUUUGAUGCCCUGGUGUGGUUUGGCUAUUUCAACUCCAUGUUCAACCCUCUGAUCUACGGCUUUUUCUAUCCACGCUUCCAGAAAGCAUUUAAGAUCAUCAUAUCAAGAUCUGUUUGUCGCUCGACAAACUCAAACUUUGUACUUCAGUAA